UAAGGAAAGGGUCAAAUAAUAAAAUGUUUUUAGAGAGACGUAACUGCACACUAUUGCACACGAUUUGCAUCUGAUGAAGAUUUUAAUGAGGUAAGAUCUAACUUAACUGUGUUAAGAAAUACUCAUACAGGAGCAGUAAAGAUGAAAGUGAAUAUCACAACCAUUUUGCUUAUAUGCUUUGAGCAAUUUACUAAGACUAUUGCCCAAGGUAUGCCAAUUAGUCCGUGCCCAAAGAUUUUUCAAUACAGAUUCGACGGAAAUGAAUGGUUUGGUAUAAUUGCCGUCCGUAAUCCUGAGGUUCAAGGUCUGCAGAUUCGGGUAUUACUCUCAAUGCGGGGCAAGCCAACAACGAAUUAUCUUGGCGAAAUAGAGCUACUUACUCGGGGACAAUUCACAGCCCAUGCGCCGGUGCUUUACAAAAUCCGAUUUCCAAAACAUAAUUUCCCUCCCAAACUUGUACUCAUUUCUACAAACAAUCAAGUCAUUUGUUUUGGAUCUGCAGAUCAUAGUACUUUUAUGACACAAAUUCAACUGGAGCAUACACGAAAGCUUACAUUCAUACCAGAUAUAAAGUCGUCAAGUCUAAUUGAGCCCACAAUGCAGAUCGAAUCAGGAAAGGCAGUUGGUAAGGAGACGCCAUCAAAACAUGAGUUUGGCUCUAAACCUCUGCCGCACAUCCAGUUUAAGAAAAACCCAUUUCAUUCGAUGAUGGAAACCUGUGGCAAGAUUGAUAAAAGUUUUGACUUCCGAUUGCCUAAACGAAGGCAACGUCAAAUCACCUCAACUCCUGAUUUAAGUUCAGAAGGAAAUACAUCUGCCAAUGAUGAGCUUAGAAUAAGCCCUGAUGACAUUCGCAAAUUUCCAGUUUUUGUCUCCCCCGACGACUACGGCAACGAUAGCGGCGGAAAUGUCCUAGAUGAGGUCGAUGUGGAUGAGAACAACUCAGUUGACUCAAUAAUUUUUAUUGAUGGGCAAAGCACUUCGUCUAGCAACAGUUUACCUUCCAUAACACGCGGUGCCUGGCCCUGGCUAGCGGCAAUAUAUGUAAAUAAUGUCACAUCUCUCGACUUUCAAUGUUGCGGUACGCUUAUUUCGGCGCGCGUAGUUAUAAGCUCAGCGCACUGCUUCCAAAUGUUCAAUCAACGUUAUACGGCCAAUGAACUGCUUGUAUUUUUGGGUAGGCAUAAUCUAAAAAACUGGAAUGAGGAGGGCUCCUUGGCAGCUCCCGUGGAUGGUAUUUACAUACACUCUGAUUACAAUAGACAUAUAAGUGACUACGAUGCGGAUAUCGCAGUCCUCAUACUCAAGGAUGAAGUGCGGUUCAACACGUUCAUACAGCCAGUUUGUCUGUGGUCGGGAUCCACCAAAACGGAAAACAUAGUGGGAGAGCAUGGUAUUGUAAUUGGUUGGAGUUUUGACAGAUCCAAUUCAACGACAUUAUCACAGGCUGCACCGAAUACAUUUGCGUCUUCAAGCGAUGCUGAAUCAGAAAUUAGUAACAGCAAACCAAAGGUACUUAAAGCGCCCAUCGUUUCCAACGAAGUGUGCUUUAAGUCAAACGAAGACUUUCGCAACCUUUCGUCAAACCGCACUUUUUGUGCCGGCAUCCUGGUGGACUCCAGUGUCCUCAGACAAGGUUGGCCUGGCGCCACUAGCAUAUAUACCGGCAUUUCCGGCGCCGGACUUAUGAUAAUGAAGAACAAUCGUUGGAUGCUCCGGGGUACUGUAUCAGCGACCUUACCCGUUGUGCCCAGGAGAUCACACAUAGAUGAUUCAGGUCCUUGUUGCAGCAAGCAAUAUAUCAUUUAUGCUGACGUAGCUAAGUUUAUUGAUUGGAUAAUGGCAUUUAUUAUUUAGUUUUUGAAGAUUGCUUAACGUAAUUUUAUCGUAUAGCAUUUGAAUGUUAAUUGAAUUUAAAUUACUUAUAUGCUUUGAUAAAUUUUGGUAGGUGCACCACGUCAUUUGUAGACAUGCUUUUGCUUGACGUGCAAAAUAGCUUAAGCCACCUCAGAAGUUGUGGAUUUACAUGUAUAUAAUAAAAGUGUCUACCUGAA